AUGAACUCUCAAAACUGUUCCGCACCUCAAAGAAUGGAGACUGAGACUGGAAGUCGACGAUCCCACACCCGGACUCCUUCACUCAGUUCGACCAUCUCUACCGCUUCCUCUUCUCCCUCAUCUUCCUUCGACGAUAACGACAAUGACAACGAAAGCAUCUCUAUCACCUUCGACAACGGGGACAUCAACUACAACCGCAACAACUCUAACGCCGAUAACGCGCAAAGCUUUCCCCAGACCCCGCUUACUGCGCGACCUAACCUUACUCGGACGACCUCCUUGCCUCAGACUCCUACGCCUAGUCGACCGGGCGCCGUCUUUCCUAGGUUCGACAAGUUUUUCACAACCGCCUCUCACACUCACCUUGAUACCGAAGCCGAACGAGAAGGAAAGGAAGGGAUGAUGCACAGACGGACGGUCUCCUCCAUCACUCUCGGACAAGCAAAAGGUAUUGACGGCGAGAGACGGACGUACAGGUUUGGGGGGAAGGUCUUUGUGCCCCUCAGGAUGGGUGGUUGGGUGGAGGAAAAGCAGGAGGAGACGAAUGUCAAGGUGGUAACCGGGGAUGACAUCAAGGUCGAACAACGUGGCUCUUCUCCAUCGUCACUAGAGACAGAAGUCAUUGACAAGAUGAACUCUUUCCGAUUCCCAACUCAAGCCGGACCUGCCCGGUCGCCAAACCGGAAACCGCUUUCUCUUAACGGUAACCGGGCCGACAGGGCUCGAGCGAAUUCGCCUUAUCCGAAGGAUAACCUUACCAAGGCUUCGGCGCGGCAACAGACCAGCGGUGCAUCGGGAUUCAACCCAGCAAUUAUCUACAAACGGGCUCGCUCAUCCGCAUCGACGUCGGCCUCUACACUCAGCUUACAAACUCAACAGAGAGCCGAGAUGGUCCAGCCUCAACCUCUUCCGCCAUCACUGCGAUCCCACCUUCACGCACCCGAGCGCAAGAUCAUCCUCGUCGGUCCGGCGAUCUGUCAGCACUUGCAAAACGGUGGAAGCGUCCGGGUCAAGGACUUCACGGGCGCCAUCGUCGGUUGGAUGCAUUAG